AUGCUAGGUAUGUUGGGGAUAUGCUCUUAUUGGAACAAAUUAGGGAAAAAACCAGUGGAACCCCUUGAAGGUUGUAUGAUUACUCUGUUAGAGCAGUUACACAGGAAGCGCUUGGCUGGUUCCUCAUUGGUCAUAGAGGAAGCAACUAUCUCUAAUUACCCCUCUCAAUCGGAGUCCAAUAUGGAUUCUGCUGUCAAUCCUUAUGGCAUAGAUACUGAUGUGCUCGUGGUGCCUUCGCUUACUAAGAAAAUUGUGAAGAUGGAGCAUGUUAGAAAAAAACCUCCAUCUUUUUCGACAAAGGUUGUGUUAAAAGGUCCUUCCUCUAAAAGAAAAGAAGGAGUAGAGAAAAUUCUUUCCUUGGAAAGGGUAGUGAGUCAACCUGACAAGCCGAUUGACUUAACUUCUCCCAAACGACAAAGGACGGCUCGAAGGGGUGCAGUAAAAAGUCAUGGUCUAUCAUCUUUGAACACUUGA